AUGCAGAUCCCUUCAACUUCGUCCGGAGACGCAACAAGACGACGAAAAAUAAGUGAAUUGACAUCAACAAAGGACGGGCUUGGGGACAGAAUGUCCGCCAAGAGGACGAAGCUGAUCCUGCCGGACGAAAUUUCGUCCGAGGAAGAGGGAGCAACGGGCCCUACAACAAAGAUGGAAGCAGAUUCGAGCCUGCUCAUCAGGAUUGCGGAGCUCGAGCAGGAAAAGGGAGACAUGGCCCAACAGUUGGAGUGCCAGUUGGCGCUCAUCAAGGAGCUGCAGCAGGAGAUGGCGGAAAUAAAAGCAGCCAACAUGGCCGGGAGGCAGCCGGUCCAUCAGCAAGAACAACAACAGCAGCAGAUAAUUAAGCUACAAAGACAACAACAGCAGGAGCAGAGGAAGCAGCAGCGACAACAGCAGCAGCAGCAACGUAAUAAUGAUUUCCCGUCUAAUGUUUUAGUGAAUUAUAUCGGUGCAGGAAGUGGGGGGGAUAUCUACUCCAUUAUUGGAAAGACAGAAGAAUCAUCACUAUGCAGUGGUGACUGUAACAUCGAAAAUGAACGAAAAGAAUCACAUGUUGAAGACAAAGGAACCUCGGCAAAGACAGGAAAGCAGAAGGGUGCAGCUUCGAGGAAAGGAAAUAGUGGAAGGUGA